AUGCCGAAAAGAAAAAAUAAUGAUUAUAUAGAAGAUAGUGAUGAAGCUGCUGGAGAUAUCACGACUUCAAAGGAUAAAGAUAAUAAAGAUACAAAAAUGGAACCUUCGGAAUCUACUAUACGAGAGCGUGAUGAUGACCGUGGAGAAAAUGGUGACGGAGAAGCUUAUUUUAAGUUGUCAGAGAAGAAACGAGUGACUGUUCGUAAAUUUAAAAAUAUGAUAUUAAUUGACUUUCGUGAAUUCUUUACAAAUUCUGAUGGAGAAAGUAAUCCUACUAAAAAAGGAAUAAAAUUUGACCUUCACGCAACACCACCAGACCACGUCAUACCAAAAUGUAUUUCUCAAUAUGUUCCAACUGAUACAUUAGUGGUGGUAACAAUAAAGAUUGGAACUGGAUAUAAUCAAAAAAUUGAUGUUGAGGUGACUGAUAAUAGCGAUGCUCAUAAUAAAUAUGGUCAAAAACGAGAUUUAGACGAAGAAACUCGUAUAGCAUUUACAACUCACGCCGACGCUGAUAUAUCAAUAUGCUUUGUAAAUAUUUUAGAUGCACCCAAUUCACAAUAUCAUCGUACAGUUGAUUUAGAUGUAGAUGUGGGAGCAGAAGCAAUAGAUUAUAAUCAAUUAGUAAAAUCUGAAAAAUUGAAACCUAUGGAAGCUGAAUUGAGAAAAUUAGAACAAGUAGUUCAAGAAAUUGUGGAUGAAAUGGAAUAUUUACGAAGCCGAGAAGCUAGAAUGAGAGAUACUAAUGUGUAUACAUCUUGUACUUUGAAAGAGGUGAGAAAACAAGGUAAAGAUUGGGAAGAAACAGAAUUGGAAUUACAAAAAUUUGAACAACGACGUUGUUUGCAUAGAAAAAAAGCAGUUACAAAACAGGAUAACCCUCAUAAUUAUUGUAUUGCUACUCAAAAUGAAUUACUUCGUGAAUCAUUUCGCAAUAUUCCUGGUGUUCCUUUAUUAUAUAUAAAUAGAUCGGUUCUGAUAGUUGAACCUCCUUCAAGAGCUACAUUGGAAAUAGCUAAAAAGGCUGAAUUUGAAAAAACUCUUGCACCAAGAAAUGAGAUAAAAUUUUUAAAAAAAACAAAUUCAGAUACAAUCAUUAAAGAAGAAAAUGAAAUUAUUAAAAAGAAAAGAAAAUUUAAAGGAGUUAAAGAACCUAAUCCUUUAA